CUCAUCCCUCCUUGGGGCCAAAGGAUUCGUCCAGCAGCUCAAAAGCGCCGAUUUCUUUGACAAAGAUGUGGAACACAUGGAUGCUGGAACGAGCCAUGAUGUUCGUCCUUAGCAGCUCCAGAUCUUGUCCACAAGAACAUCAUCGACGCAGUCCAGUCGGACUCCUCGACGCAGAUCCCUUCGAGCCUUCGAGUGACGGACUCUUCCCCAUGCGGCGGGGAUGGCGUGCAUGGGCCAGCGGCGGGCAAGCCGGCAGGGUGCACUUGCUCACCGGCAAGAGGAAGAUGGGUGCCCUGCCCAGUUGUUUCACUGGAAAGGUUGGUGGGAAGACGAGGAAGCAAGGCUUUCGUGUCAAUUUCCAUCUAUCCUAGUUUUUCAAGACCAUUAAACACAUGGUUGAGCUAGUUUUGUAGUCCAAUCCUCAGUAAAGCAAUGGUUGUUCGGAAAGAGCCAUUAAAACAAUGGUGGGCAUUCGGAAUCUCAGGGUCUACAUCGACAAGCGACACAUGAUGUUCUGACCAUUUCCCACGCCUUGAAGGAUGGGUUUCUUUUCGUGUGAAGUCGACGGGCAGCUUUUCGGGUUGGAGGAAGGUGCCAGGUGCCAUCGUGCGUUGGCUGAAGACGUCCCUUACACACAUGGACGUCCCACUCGUUGAGUUGCUGAUUCAAACCUUGGUCGGGAGAGAUUUCCAUUCGAUGAGCCAGCUCAGUCCCACAAUUCGCAACGAUUUGGAGUUCUGGAGGGUUUCAAUCAAGUGCCACGUCCUCGAGGUUCUCUGGGCUUCGAGACUGAGGCUCCGUUGCGUGGGCCGCCUGCCGCAGCAAGUGACCUUGCAGGGCAAUCGCUCUGUCCUGAGAGCAGCGGAAGGACAUUUGGAGAUCUUCCAACCUGGAGGUUGGCUCACAACUGAUGCCUGGGUCCCUACGGAUGCAGAGGUGUCCUAUAUUGAGGAUGGGAUGCCCAGGAUGGUGGUCUCCAAAUUGGAGGCAGAGACCGAGUACAGCUUUCGAUGGAUCACCAAGCUCGGGGGCGAGGCACGCUGCAGCUGCUCCACUGCUGGAAAGCCCCUGGCCCCCCGGAAGCUGCGCACGCUGCGGCGGCGGCCGAAGGGUUUGACGGUGCAGGUGGAGGCCAGUCACGAGUCCGACGGCUUGCCGCUGCUGGCGUGUGAGUUGCAGUGGUGCCAGUUCUCUUGGACCUCCUGGAGUUCAAAGCUGGUCACUGCUGAGGACGCUGGAAGCGUCGCCGUGUGGGAGAUCUUCUUAGAGAACCUCUCACUCUGCAGCGACUACCAGCUGCGGGCACGCUUCUGCAAUGCUGUGGGCUGGUCGCAGGACUUCACCGAGGGCUCGGGGCGAACCUCGGACAUUGCUUCAGCCCCAUGGGAUCUGAAGCUGGUGGCCAGGCGGCCGAAGCAGGUGAUCUUCGAGUGUCAGGUGAAGGACCCGGAAGGGGCGCCCAUCACGGACCUGGAAGUGCAACUCUGUGGCAAGGUCACCUGGGGCGCUGCGACGCCGCCUCGGUGUUCCGCCUCGGUGCCCAGCUGGGACUGGGACGAGCUUGGUGGAGGGCCCAGCCGCAGCGUCCAGGUCACGGUGAGCAACUUGCCGGCGGACGUCACCAGUGAGGUGAGGGUGUGGUCCCAAAACCUCGUGGGGAGGUCGCGGGUGCCAUCGUCCACCUUGCUAUGCCAGCCCUCCUCAAGGCCAGAGGAAGUGAAGGACUUGCACUGCUCUCGGAGGGCCUUGGAGUUCAUCGAGCUGCAAUGGCGCACACAGGAUCCGGAAGGUGCCCCCAUCCUCGAGUGCACGGUCGAGUUCUGGUGUGAGAGCUCCAUUUGGGCGACCGUACAGCAGGCGCCUGUCUCCAGAACAGAUGAGCACAGCCACAGCUCCUGGACAGCCACGCUUUGUGGUUUGGCAAUGGAAACUGCAUAUGUGGUGCGGCUUCGAAGCUCGAAUGAGGUCGGCACCAAGGAGGACAUCGCCAGCUUCCGUACGGCGCAACGGCCAGUCGCACCCAAGACCCUUACUUGCGGGGAUAUCACGGCCACGACGAUCCAGCUGCGCUUUGAGUUGAGUUACGAUCCCGGGCAGCUUUGCUGCGUGGUGGGGCUCAGCAAGCUGCUGCUGGAAGAGGCGGGCACCUUGUCCUGGGCUGCAGUGGUGGAGGAGAAGGUGAAGAUCCUGCAGGCCUUGGUGAAGGGCGAUCGCCUCCACGCUUUGGUGGAGGUCCAAGGACUUCAGAGCGACUGCGGGUAUCGCUUCCGCCUGUGGCCAGAGAACCCGGUCGGCAGAAGCUUUCAACCUUCUGGGGUGCUUGAUUGCCGCACGAGUCACAAGCCCGAGCGGCCCCGUGAGCUUCGGGUGGAGCCCAAGGGCCCUUACCAUGUGAGGCUCUACUGGGAAGUCCCUGACCCUGCUGGCGCGCCAGUAUACGGUGCGGUGGUGGAGGUGUCUGUGCAGUCGAUGUUCGGGUCAUGGCGGUCGAUGGGUGAGGGGUCUCUUCAGCGCUAUGGACGCGGAUGGAUGCAGGCAGUCUAUGGAUUGGAGCCACAGCAGGAGUACAUCUUCCGGGUCAAGGCUCAGAACGACUCCGGCUGGUCCGAGUGGUCGGACCUCCUAGUUUGGACUUCGGUGAGUACACCCAGGAUCCAGACGCAGAUGGCCUCCUUGCAUCGAAUUCAUGAUGCAUCUCGCAGCAAUGACUCUGGACGUGCUGCAUCGUUAAUGCUGACCUUUCCCGUGAGUGCCCCUGCGGCAGCGCCCUGCGCUGCCGUGGCGGUGCGCUGCGGGGCGCGCGGGGCUUUGGCCAGUCGCGUUGGAAGUAAAUGGAUGGCCUCUUUUCCAGGCCUCGAGGGAGAACACGUGACGUUCCACAUCGAGGCGGCCAAUGCGGUCGGUUGGGAUCGACAGGAUCUGUCGCUCCAGUUCUCGAACCAAUCACCUGGCAAUGCGGAGAGUGAAUCACCUGUCGAGGCGUUCGCAUCCCGCUGCGCGGAGCAGUCCGACCUGUGGGACGAAGAGCUUUGCUUUGGAAAGGAGGCACGUUUUGAAGAGGCCCGGCUUGUGAAGAGGGCGCUCCAGGUGUCGAAGCUGAAAGAAAAGCCAGAAGUGAGUUGGUUGAGUCGAUGCGAAGACUUCCUGCCGUCUCCGGAGCCAAAGUCUAUGGAAGGCCUCGCCACAGCCAUGGUGGCCUUCCAGCUCUUGAUGGAAGGAGGUUUCGCACUGGAACAGCUGAAGCAGGAUGCUGAAGGCCUUUGGCAGAACUUGCUCUUCUUGGCGGAAGCUUUGCCAGAGGAAGAUGGCUGGACCACAUGGUCGGCCAAGCGCGAUGCUUGGGCCGCAGAGCUUCAGGAGAAAUUUGCAUUUGGGUGGUCCCGAGUGUGUGCUGCGGCUGUGUGCCUUCUAGCAGCAGCACUUGGUAAAGGCGAUUUGAUCCUUCCGUUGAGCGAUGCGAAGCAAAGCCUUCGGCGGCUCUUGGAGACGCACGCCUGGCUGGAGCAAAGUCUCCAGGAGAUUCGAAGCUCUGCCGAGGAUCUUUAUCAGGUCCUCAUGGGUUCAGACGUGGCCUUGAGCAUCUAUGAGCUCCAUGGCACCGCCGCGGUGACCGCUCUCACCCAGCUCGCUGGAUUGGGCGGAGCCUUUCACGUGGGAGUGCAGGUCUACUGGCUGGAAUGGAGCUUUGGAUGGUGUCAAGAUGGAUCUGGAAUCCAGGCGCUGCGCUUUGGCACCAGCGACUUGGGUCGCUUCCGCGAGCGCCUGCCGCUGGGGCGCACGCCCUUGGCGCCGGAGGAGGUCCUGGCAGUUCUUGCUGACAUGCGGAAGCAAUGGGAUGGACAGUCGUACGACCUUCUCCGUCGCAACUGCGCACAUUUCAGUGUGGACUUCGUGCGGCGCCUGCGAGUCGAAGAGGCGCCCGAGUGGAUCAACGCCUUAGCCACCGCCGGAGGGCAGAUCGCUCAGUGGUUGGGUGUCUUCCGACCGGUGCUGCUGCAGGAAGACUCCGAAGCCCUCGCGGAAGAGAAAGCGGAUCUGGCGUCGCCCUCCCCUGCUGAGUUGGAGGAGUGGGCCUGGGCGCUCGAGUAUAUCAAGGAGCGCAGCGCUGAAGCACGGCGCAUCCGUCAGAAGUCCACGCUGCGCGCCGCCGCCACGCUGCGAAGCCUCCCCCGCCGCGACAAAGCUGCGCGCCGACCGUUGGCAGACUUUGACUUCUUAUCCGAACUGUCCAAAUGCCCCACGACGACGAACGAGAACGCUUUCUCCACGGGCUUGGCCUUGCAGGCCGAAAACUAUCCUCAAUUCCUCCGCGCACGGGCAUCGCUGGGGGACGACCCCGCGGUGCACGAGGCGGUGGCCAGCUUGAUGGGUGCCCCCCCUUCGGGAGCCGCAGCAGUCACUGAGGUGGCUCCGGAAGCGGGGGAGGGGGGCGAAGGUUCAGAAGCAAGAAAUCAUCCACCCUUAAUCGCCACGGAAUCAUUCGGUGGCACCGAUGAAGAGCCACCAGCACCGAAUGAACCGGAUCACGCCGACAUGGCACCGGAUCUGCUCCUCGAUGUGCUCCAGGCCUCGCAGUCCGACAAGGGCUCGCGCGAUGCCAGCAUCGUGAGCUUUGCCGCGCAGGCGAUCGUCGCGGGCAAAGCUGAAGCGAAGUACAAGGUUUCAGUGGAGGAGAUCCGGAUCGACAUUGAGAACGCCGUGUUGGUACACCAAGGUGCACUGACCAGCAAUACAGAAUUUGCAGUCGCCCUGGCCUGCUUGGAUCAGGGAGCAUGGAAGGGGGAAGUCAAUGUGAAGAUGCAGAAGGCCAUUGCAAAGCUCAUGGGUUGA